GAAUAUUCGAACAAGAGGCUGGCGGAUAGGAAACUGACUACAACUUAAUAAAGCACUGAAUAAAACACUCGUCUUCGUCCGUCAAUUCUAGAUAUCUGUGUUUGUUUCUGUUCGAGUUAUUUAUUUUUAAAACGACGUGACGCCGCUGUUUCUCCUCCUGACCGCAGUUCCGUAAAUCAAGCGCAGAUCCGCUUCGGGUUUUUCCGGACGAGGGCUGUUAGUGGCUGCCGGAGAACAUGAUUCGGGGACGGGGUUGAAAAUGGCCAUUUCGAGGGGGCUGAGAUGCUGUCAGAGGAUAUUUUCUUGGAUCCCCGUCGUCAUUAUCUCGUCCGUAGUGCUGUGGUCGUACUACGCCUAUGUGUUUGAACUUUGUUUUUUUACUCUCCACAACACAUUGGAGAAAGUGACCUACCUGCUGGUGUUCCAUGUGUGCUUUGUGAUGUUCUGCUGGACCUACUGGAAGGCCAUAUUCACUCCACCCUCAACGCCGUGCAAAAAGUUCCACCUCUCCUUUAGUGACAAAGAGAGAUAUGAGAUGGAGGAGAGGCCAGAUGUGCAGAAGCAAAUCCUGAUUGACAUAGCAAAGAAGCUCCCCAUCUUCACACGGGCUCAGUCAGGAGCUAUCAGGUUCUGCGAUCGCUGUCAACUGAUAAAGCCUGACCGCUGUCACCACUGUUCAGUCUGUGAAACGUGCGUGCUGAAAAUGGAUCAUCACUGUCCAUGGGUGAACAACUGUGUCGGAUUCUCAAACUACAAAUUCUUCCUGCUCUUUCUGUCUUACUCCAUGCUGUACUGCGUCUUCAUCGCAGCAACUGUAUUUCAGUAUUUUCUCAAGUUCUGGGUGGGCGAGCUUCCAAACGACCACGCUAAGUUCCAUGUCUUGUUCCUGCUGUUUGUGGCUCUCAUGUUCUUUGUCAGCCUCAUGUUUCUUUUUGGCUACCACUGCUGGCUGGUGGCUAAGAACAGGUCCACGUUGGAGGCUUUCUCUGCGCCGGUGUUCCAGAAUGGUCCUGACCGGAAUGGCUUUAAUGUUGGCUUCCGCAAAAACCUUACACAGGUUUUUGGAGAAAACAAAAAGCUCUGGCUUUUCCCAGUGUUCACCAGUCAAGGCGAUGGCCACUAUUUUCCCCUGAGGACCCUGUGCGAAUCUCGGAACCCUUUAUUGGCCAGUGAGGGGAGAUGGGGGGAGGAUGGUGGAUCAGAUGAAGACAGCACAGAUGGUGAAAUGGAACAUGACCCUUCAGUCACCAUUGAUGUAGAAUCAUAAUUAAUGGAUGAGCUACAUUUCUUUAAGAGCACUUUCAGUUGCUUUAGGCAUGAACUUGAAUCAUUUGAAGCACCAAACACUCGGAUGAGGCAACUGCAUUCCAAAUACUGGGAGACUCACGGAAAAGUAUGUCCAUGGAGCGCCAAAUAUCUGGAGGGACCACUGAGUGGAUUUUUAUUUAAACUUAUUUACCCUGUUUUUUUUGUUAUCACCCCAUUGAUGUUUUCCAUCCGUGUGAAUCCUUUCGAGAAACGCCAAGGACUGUCACUGACUGUUCCUGUGGGCUUGGACGUGGUUUGUGUUCUUCUCACAAGGUAAUCAUGACUUGGAUGAGCUUGUAUCUCAAAUUCUUUCACAUUUCAGCAUUCAGCUUCCGCCGGUGGCAGGCGGCGUCACAGCGUGUACAUAGGGUCCACCUGGAACAACAGAACAGGUAGUUGUGCCCAUUUCGAGGUCAGCCACUUCCUCUCUUAUGCACUUCCCGUCCGGUCUUGAGAAGCUCAGAUGAAAGCUGUCCAUUUAUCCACUGCACACGAGUACAGCAGAGCAUGGCGUCUCUCCAGGCCUUAAAGAUGUAUCAAAGACUCCGACUGCUUUUCUGUAGAAUCACUGUGGUGCAGCCUAAACGUGUACACCUUUUUUAGUGAAUGUUAAAAUUGAUAUUGUCCUUUUAUUAUGACGUAAUGUAAGUAUUUUCGUUAUGUGUAUGUCUAGAAGUGCAAAUGGAACAUUUAAGGUGUUGUCAUUUGUUACCCUGGUGGGGUGGGGUGGGGGGGGGGCUAACUAUCGAGAUUCAUUAUUAUUAUUUUUUAAUUUAUCAUGAUGUUUAUUAACGGUGAUUCACGAAUAAAUGUAUCAUGCCUUGUUGCCAUCUACCACACGGACACUUUACGACAGGGUCACCAGUCUUAUCCGCAAGGGGCCGCACAUUGCUUCAUUAUUGCUACAUGACAUUAACACAACCCAGCUGUAAAAGCCACGGCAGAUGCAGUUAUAAACUGUCAUAACAGAUUUUGUUCAGUGAUAUUACAGUUGUAGCUCUUGCUGGUAAUAGUCGUGACAGAUGCUAUAACUUUUGAUGUCAUAACUACGGAGGUCUAGAGAGGCCAUGAGGCAGCUAUAAUUUUCUGGAAUUUUAUUUCGAAAUAAGUUAUGCAUCUUAUCUUAUUCUAACAAAAUAGUUAUCUUGAAGUAACGAGUUAUUUAUCUUAUUUCAAAAUAACAAAAUGGUGAUCCUGAAUAACGAGUUACUUAUCUCAAGAUAACAAAAUUAUCUUAAUGAGUUUAUUAUAUUGUGAUCUCAAAAUAACAAAGUUGUUACAUUGAGAUAACAAGAUAAUUAACUUGUUUUCUCAAAAUAAAAAUCCUGAAAUUUAUAGCUACCUCAUGGUAGCUAUACCAUGAUAACAAAGCUGUUAUCGUUUGAUAACUUUUGUUAUCCUGAUAAAUAAUAAGUAACUCGUUAUUUCAAGAUAACAAAUUAUCUUGAGAUAACGAGUUACUUAUCUUGUUAUCUCAAGAUAACAAAAGUUGUUAUCUGUAGAUGAGUUAAUUAUCCUGUGAUCUCAAAAUAACGCAAUUGUGGUCUUGAAAUGACGAGUUAUUUAUCUUGUUAUUUCAAGAUCACAAAAUUGUCUAAACAAAGUUGUUAAUUUGAGAUUAAAAAAAGUGAUCUUGAGAUAACAAGUGAUUUAUCUUGUUAUCUCAAGAUAACUCCAGAAAAUCAUAGCAGCCUCUCUGGACUUCCAUGGUCAUGACAGCUUAUGUCACACGCUCAGUUUUGUUGUGAACUGUAGUUAAAAUGUCAUGACAUUAGACAUUGACACACAGCACUGCUACAUUAAUGAACACAAUCACUCAUAACUGGCGUGUGACAUGCUUAUGGCGCGCUUAGGUCCGUGUUACGCAGCAGUUCUAGCUAAUGGACUGUUUGAAGACGGAGACCAAAAGAUGAAACAGGUGGAAUCAGGUGCUUCUGUGUGGAAAGACAACCUACAACCUCACCAGCCCUUUGUGGAUAAGAUUGGAGACCCUUGCUUUACUAGAAAAAUAUGGUAUGUAAUGAUCUAGAACCAGUGUUUUUGCAGUAAAGUUCAGUGUUCUAGUUCAGUGUUCUUCCCGCAUUGCGCUUAAAUACGCCUGAUUCGACUGAUCGACACUUCGCCAAGUCUUUCAUGAGUUGGAUCAGGUGAUGAAAGGAAACUGCACAAGAAACAGCGGCUGUGCUGUAGGAUUUGUCAAAUACAGAACUAGAUACUCUGUGUUCCCUGAAACUGGCCUUUGUUCCUCUGAAUAAAGAGCUUAUCUUGCACUGUAAUUCCAGUUCAGAGAGGAGAGCUACUGUUCAUUUACUUGGUUCUGUUCAGGCAGAAUGGGAUUAAGUCAUGGAUAAAGCCGACUGUAUUUCAUAUCAGCAUCAUGUUCUUUUUUUUUUAAGCCUUUUGUUCGCUUGUUAUCGUGUAAACGUUAUUCUUUCGUUCACUCCGUGUCAGAUGCCUGUAUGUUUGCCUGUAUGUGUGCCAUGUGGUCCUUCCUGAACAGUCCUGUUGCUGAUGCUGUUACACGUAUUUCUCCUGUUUUCAGUCGCGUUCAUGUGCAUAACCACUACAAACACAUUUAUUCCUCGCUUAUAAAUAUAUUUUCGAAUGGUACAAAUUAUGCAUUGUUUAAGAAAAGUAAAAAUCAGAUCACUGCAUAUGAUGAACGUUAACAUAUGAUUAAAAAAAUGACAAUUAAUAAAAUCCACCUUUUGAAAUAAAUUUGU